AUGAAAUCACUUAAUCUAUAAUUUGGAGACAAUCGAUAGAAUCAGAGAGAAGACAUGUUUCUUGCUAACAUAGUUGAAAAAGUAUAAUAAGGAAAAAUUGGGUUGAUAUCUUUUGUUGAUCAAGCCUAAUUCAUUGAUUUGAUGACUUAGAAACACAAAAAGAAAGCAAAAGUAUAACCUGCGUUUAAUAAAAUAUUUGCAGCAAUUUAAAUAAACUUGGCAAAGCAUUAACAAUCAUAAUAAAAGAUUCAAGAAGUAAGUUAUGAGAUAAAAACAAUAUCGUCAACUCGAUAAUUAGGCUAUAGAGGAUCCUUUAAUAUCUCUAAUAAAAGUGGUGCUCUGCUGUUACACAAGGAUAGUAAUCUAAAGGAACAUCAAACAAAUGAAUUUAGUGAUAAGGAGAUUUUGGAUUAGUAAAUAUUAGAUGAAGCAACAAAAACAGAAAGAAGCAAGCGGAAUUUAAGAUUGUCUUAGAUUACUUCAGAAAAAAAUGAAAUUAAAGGGGUUAGAACAAUUCAAACUAGUCGUGAUAAUACUCAGGAUUAGUUUUUGAAGUAAGAUAAUUUGUCAACAGCAAGGAAUGAAAAAUUAAAUUAUAAUUUGUUGACCCAAGAAUAAUCUGACCAAUCUUAAUCUUAAAUCAAAAUGGAAUCCUAAUAAUCCUGCUUGAUUCCAACUGAAAAAUUGAGGUAUGGUUUAAAUACAAACUUCACUUCUGAAAUAUCAAAUGGAUAAGUAUAAAAUUAAUCUGCAACAUUUAAUAAUUAAUAAGAAUCUAAUUAACAAUAGCCUUUAACAUCUAGAAAAUAAUCUGAUGUCUUAUUAAAGUCAAUUAAAGGCAGUUAUCCUUAAAAGGCAUAUUUAAUAAGCUAACAAGAAAACAGCUCAAGGAAAACUUUAACACCAAUCCAACAAACAAAAUUACCUCCCGUACUCGAUCCAAAUUAAAGACAUAAUGAAACUAAUUAAUAAACAAAAUCUGUCAGCAAGGCUGAAAAAUAGUAAAAUGUGAUUAAAAAUUAAAAAGCCACUCAUCGACAGCAAUAAUCUUAAUAAGAAUUUAAAUAAUAGAAAAGAAUAUAGCAUAAGCCUUAACAAUCUUUAGCUGCAAAACAAAAGCCAUUAUUAGAGCAAGGAAAAUAAUAGUAAUAAUAAUAACUAUUAACAUAAGAAACCAGUUUUUGUGGUAAUAUUAAUAAUUCAUAAAAACCAUCAAGAAGGGACAUAGAUGAAAGACAAUAAGAAAGUCCCUAAUUUUUAAGGACAGAUCUCAUAGAAGAUAUGGUUAUAACAAAUUCUCCUUAAUAAUCACAACCUAAGGACACUCGAUAAACAACUCAUUUUAAACAAGAUAUAAAUGCCUUAAAUAUAAGUGAACAUUCAUUUCAGUCUAAGAAACAUACAAUAGACUAAUAUGAUAUUAAUUCAUUGAUGCCUCCAUAAUCUUCAAGGACUUUAACUUCAGCAUAGAAAGAUAAGAUAGAUUAAAGAAAUCAUGAUAGCAAUAAUUCUGAGACUGACCAAAAGCAACACAAGAAUUAGUUGACAGUUACUUUUAAGAGAGGAUCAAAGCGAAUGAAAUCUCACAAUGUUUAAGGGAAUGAAAAUGAAUAUGAUCAAUAGGAAGAUGAAAAAAAGAGAAGAUACUCAUAAGAAAGAUUAUUCAAAAGUGACAAUAGAUUUGAAAAGCUUGAAGAAGAUAGAUAUUAAUAUACCAUAAAUAAUUUAGAACAAAGUGGUAGUUCUUCUGACUUAAAUAAUUAUGAAAAUGAAAAUAAUAAUAAUUAAAUAAAUAUCUAAGUAAGUAGAUGUGAUAAUCGUGAAAAUAUCAUAGAGGAGGAAUCCUUAGACGGUUCUAUGAGACAACAUCAAGCAAUACUAUUUUCAACUUAGGAUAGAAUGCAUUUAAAGAUUGGGGACAAUUCAUAUCUUCCUUAGUCUUCUUCAAGAAGUGUAGCCAAAUCUAUUACACCAAAUACUCCUGUGGGUUCUGUUUAUACUGCUUAGCAUAGUACUAAUGGCACUGUUCAAAAUACCUAGGUUUAAAGGAAGAGGAAGUAGGCUAAUUAGCAUAAACGACCUCAACUUUCAAAUGAGUAUUCUCAAACCAAAAUUUCCAUACAGAAAUAAAAGUCUGAAGAUAGCUAUUAUGAAAAGGAAUACACAAAUGAAUCUUCCCAAGAGCCAGAACGAUCUAGCAGAUUGAAACCAAAGAAACUAUAAUAGAAAUUGUAACCACCUUUGACCUAAAUUUAAUAAUAAAGAAGAAAAUCAUCUACUCAAGUUUCUCCAAUGGAUCCCAGAAAAGCUGAAUAAAUGGAGAGGGAAAAAUAAAAGUAGUUGGAUUACUAGAAAUAAAUUGAAAGGAUGAAAUUAGAAAGGGAAUUAAUGGAAUAGUAUAAGAUUCCUGAAGAUAUGCCUCUCCCUUAAAAGAAACAAAUUAUCGAAUCCCUCAUUGGCGAAUUGAGUCAUCAACAUGACCAAGAAAUUCAUUAUUAAGUCUCUCUAUAUAAUGAAAGAUAAGAUUAAAUUUCAAAUAUCUAAAGAAAUUAUGAAGAAAAGAUAGAUUUUAGAUAUAAUAUUGUGAAUAGUUGUUAUUAUGAGAUGGAUUAUUUGUGCGACCACAAGUUGAAAUUAAAAUAAAAAGAUCAGGAAGCUCAAAAAAUUAUACACUUGAAAUUUCAAGAUCAAAAUUAUAAUAAUCAACCUAAAUUAAAUUAAAAUGGAGAUAAAGAGGAAGAAGAAGAGGGCUCUCCUUUUAAAAAAUAAAGUAAGUUGGUAUGCAAUUUUGAUCCAGUGGAAAUAGAAAACCAAUUAAAACGAAGAGGUGAAUUUAUGAAUGAAACUGAACUUCUCAAAUUUCUUAAAUAAUUUUAAUCUGAAUUCGACAAAAAAGUUUAUUAAUGCAAUCUCGAUCAUCCUAUAUAAGAUAAUAGAUAAGAUGAUAAACAAUUCACUAGAGGGCUCAUAGCUCGCAAUUUCAGAAGAAAACAGACUAAAAAUAUCACAUCCAAAAUCGAAUUUAACAAUUAUUAAAUGGAUAUGAAUAAAAUUUAAUAUGUUAAGGAAAAAGCUACUAAAAUAUAAAAACUAGGGUUAUAUCUUUUAAUGAACUCUUGA